GGGCGAGGAUGAGCCUCUUGUCAGCCAUCGAGACGAGCGCUGCCUCCGUUUACCAGCCGGCCCAGUUGCUCAACUGGGUCUAUCUCUCCUUGCAAGACACGCACCAGGCCAGCGCCUUCGACGCCUUUCGCCCGGAGUCGUCCUCCUCGCAGCACCCGGAGCUGAGCUACCCCAGCAAGGGCACCGCCGAGCUGGGCUCGUCCUCGCUCAAUUCCAGCUACCUUAACAGCUUCCUGCAGCUCCAGAGGAAUGAGGCUUUGAGCAAUAGUCUGUAUAAGAGCGCCUCUCCCUACGGCUCUCUUAAUAACAUCGUGGAUGGCUUGAAUUCCCUCACUGAACAUUUCUCUGACAUUUCCCUUUCAUCAGACGCCAGAAAGCCAAGCAAGAGACCUCCCCCAAACUAUCUGUGUCAUCUUUGCUUUAACAAGGGACACUACAUCAAGGAUUGCCCACAGGCUCGUCCAAAAGGGGAGGGGCUGACUCCAUACCAAGGGAAAAAACGCUGCUUUGGCGAAUAUAAGUGCCCCAAGUGCAAGAGAAAAUGGAUGAGUGGAAACUCUUGGGCCAACAUGGGACAAGAAUGCAUCAAGUGCCAUAUUAAUGUUUAUCCUCACAAGCAGAGACCCCUGGAAAAACCUGAUGGCCUGGAUGUUUCUGAUCAAAGUAAAGAGCACCCUCAGCAUCUCUGUGAGAAAUGUAAAGUUCUGGGCUACUACUGCCGCCGAGUGCAAUAAAGACACCCAUGGAGACUGUUUCUGCCACCACAGAUCCCGUGGCAGCAACCAAAAGGGAAGGAGGAGGAAACAUAAUCCAAGAACCUUCAUUCAUCACCAAUAUUGCCUAACCUAAUCGUAUGCCUUUCCUUUAACAGAAUGUAACACUUUCCCUGUGUAUGUACAGACAUACAACUUGUAUCUAUA